CUGACGCUUGUGGACGCAAUGUGACCAUCAGUGAAUCUGAUGCUUCUGAGCGCAGUUUAUCUAGCAGUUUAUGCACACAUGCUGCGACAAAUGAGCGCUUCCACGCCAUCGCCCGCACCUCCCGUACCAUGUUUAGCGGCUCCCAGUGAACGUUCUCGAAGCGUAAAAGUCUUUCCUCAAAGCUGGCAUCAUCUCCCUCGAGCCAAUCAGUACAGUAAUCAGGUAUAGCUGGAUCUCCAGCGCAAGCAGGAAGAAUAAGUUCCUUGCUUGUCUUUCCUAGUUCCUUCGCAGGGUGCCUUUUCGCAAGAUCACUCAGCCCUUUUCGAAUUGUGUUCGUAAUAUUUUUAAUAGCCAUUUCUUCAAUUUCUUCCACAAUACCAGGAUUUAAUAUAUACUUACCUGCCGAAUACCGAAUUGAAUGCGGCUCUACCAAUGACCCAAGUACCAUCUGCGCCACUGCCGUCCUGUCACAAGAAGCUCAUUAACGCCGAUGCAAACUGAACAAAGUGCUGGUAUAAAUGGUGUCGCACCUCAGCAGUCAGGUGCUGCUCAGGCCAAGGCAGCUGCGGCGAAAGAUGUUGGGUCAAUCGACUUAUCGACGACGAUGGUCCCAUGCAGCACGGCCCUGUCAGUCCCUCAAAGGCUCGCCAUAUCAAUACAGCCUCCAGAAGCCACCCGGCCGGGAAUAGAACUAUUCCCCCCCAUCAAGGUACGGUUGUUGCAGCCCGAGGACAUGCCAAACGUCUGGGCCACCGUGAUGCUGCUCAACAAUGGUACAGAUGUUACAUAUCAGCUCGGGGGAGAACUCUAUCAGUCUCCCAGUGAUGAUGGAACCUUUUGUUUCCCUGGGCUGACAAUCCUUAACGAAGGAAUGUAUUGCCUUAGGAUAUUGCUAUAUCAUAUGGAUAUCGACUCUUUCCCUAAAGGUAUUGCUCAGGUCGGGUGCGUGGAUAGCAAUGAUAUCAUUAUAGCACCUCGACCUAACUUCACGACAAUCUUUGGAUCCAUUGGGGAUGUUACAACUGCUCAAGUCUCUGUCGCACAACCACUAUUGUGGCAAACAGUGGAUGCCAACACGUGCAUAGACGAUCACACUGGUUACUUUCCAAACUUGAAAAUCCAUGCAAGUUCAUCUGUUAUAAUUAAGGAGCGGAUCGAGUAUCCGAAGAUCGAGUAUCCGAAGUAUAUGGUAUUUAUACCAGUUUUCAAUUUCAUGCUGGAAACUGCAAAUUUGGAACAUGGACUCUACAACUUCGGAGAUGGGUUGUUUCGGGAUGAGGACGGUGUAUGGUUUGAUGAUGGGAAGGUUGAACGGGCUGAAGGCCUAGAUGAGUCAAUUUGGCUUGGUGAAGAUGGGGAAAUGUAUCGCAAAAGGACAGAUGGUGUGUUUAACGGCUUAUUUGUGGGGUUGGAGAGAAGGGUGGCGAUGGUAGUGGAUGGCGACAAUAGUGUCAUCUGUAUUGCGCAUAAUGUUUUGAUUGAACUGAGAGAGGAGUAUAAUCCAACGGCAUGGGACGAGAAGGAUAAAUGAGAGAAUAAAGGGCGGAUG